UGUUGGUUGAAUUCAUCAGAGAUAAACCCUCCAAAUAAUAUAAAAAAAUGGCUGCAAAAAUAGCCUUCCUCCGCCCUCACCGUCUCCCAUUCUUCACAUUCAACUCGCCGGCGCGGCCCAUCGCCAAACCCCUAUUCAUUCCCCUCCACUCCUACGCAACCAGCACCACCGCCGCCGCCGCCGCUACUGCCUUCUCAAAUCUCUCGUACGGUCCCUCACUCCAUAAAGGCCACUCCCCUUUCCCCCUCGAAUUACCUAAAUACCACACCUCCGGUGAGAAUGUCACAUCCCUCGACGAAGCCGCCUUCACCCGAGUUUUUGAAAUUUCCGCUCUCAGAGUCCCCUCCGAGAUAUGCUCCACGCUCGAACACCGCUUCCGCGGCCACCUCCUCAACUGGCCUCGCAUUAAGAACAUCGCCAGAGUCUCCGGCGACGAAAUCGACGACGAAAUCAAAAACAUCUUGCCUAACUCGGAUAACACAGCGGAAUCCGAAGCUGAAGCUGAAGCUGAAGAACUGGUUGCAUUGAAUCGGAGGAUUUACGGGAAAGCGGAGGGGGAUGGGGAGCUGUUGAAUUCGGUUUUGUAUCGAGAUAAGCUCGCUAGAACUUUCAAUUCGCAAGGGUACGUUAAUUUCAGGAAUUUAGCGAAAAUUUCUAGACCUAAGAAGAAGAAGAAAAUGAUGGAUGGUGGGGAGAAAAGAGGGGUGAAAGGGGUUGGGAGGAACGACAUGGCGUUCGUUGAGGUGGUUGAGUGCGAGGAGAGCGAUGUUGAUGAUUUUAGCGGGUUAUUGGGUGAGGAUUUUGGGAAGCGGCCGAAGUGGAGAGGCUCGACAAGGCUGCUGCUGUUGGAUGAGCAAUAUGCAAACAAACUGCUCGAGGAAUUGCCCGAGACAAUCAAGGUAGCUUUUCAAGAACAUGAUGGACAGUGUACUAGGUCCGCUUUUGAACUUGUGAAAUGCAAAUUGACUCUGCUUUAUGAUUAUUGGCAACUCAACGAGGUUUUGGAGGCUUUGCUCCCGAAAGGCACGACUAUUCCUUCAGCUUUUGAAACGGUUGGCCAUAUUGCUCACCUGAACUUGAGAGAUGAGCAUCUUCAAUAUAAACAUCUUAUCGCAAAGGUAGUUUUGGAUAAGAACAAACCCAAGAUAAAAACAGUUGUAAACAAAGUUGAUGCUAUUCACAACGACUAUAGAACAAUGCAGCUCGAGGUUUUGGCCGGCAAUAAUUCCCUUGUGACAACACUUGUGGAAAAUGGAUUGCGUUUCCAGGUUGAUUUAGCCUCAGUAUAUUGGAACUCAAGGCUUGCAACUGAAAGGCAGAGGCUCCUCAGUUGCUUCAAGUACAGCGAUGUUGUCUGUGAUGUUUUUGCUGGAGUUGGUCCCCUUGCGAUCUAUGCAGCAAAGAAAGUCAAGCACGUGUACGCUAAUGAUUUGAACCCUUGUGCUGUUGAAUAUCUUGAAAGAAACUCUGUCCUUAAUAAAUUAGACAGGAAAAUUGAGGUAUUUAACAUGGAUGGAAGGAGAUUUGUCGAAACAGUUUUUGCUAGGCAGGGAGCUCCGCCCAUUACUCAAGUAGUUAUGAAUUUGCCGAAGGAUGCAGCUGAGUUUCUUGAUGCUUUUAGAGGAGUUUUUCAAGGACAUGGUCGGGGCGAACAACGUAUAUUACCAAAAAUUCAUGUCUAUGGGUUCUCGAAAGCUGAAGAUCCCGAAUUCGAAUUUCAUCAGCGAAUUAGAAUUGCACUUUCGGAGGUGGAUUUCGAUGUAGAGAUGCACAGAGUCCGCCUCGUCGCCCCUGGAAAAUGGAUGUUGUGCGCGUCAUUCUUGUUGCCCGAGAGAGUGGCGUACUCAAGAACAGGUCAGCGCUUGUAACUAAGAACCAUGCCUGUGUGUGUGUGUGUGUGUGUGUGUGUGUGUGUGUGAUGCGUGGGUGUGUAUAUAUACAUGUAAUGUAUUAUUAUUAU